UUUUCUUUCCGUGGCAACACUUUUCUCGCAAUGUUCUCAGCAGUGUAAUUAUGUUAUGCAUCAACCUUUCACAGGAGGCGACAUAUGAUCAAUGCUUUAGUGGAAAUCACUUUGAAAGCAAUCUUCGUGAAUCACAAAGAAAGCCGUCGCAAGUUGUAUACAAAUGUCUAGAAGCAAUUACAUUAGGAGCUAAGGUCUCGGCUGUUUUGGGCACGGCCAUUUCUUUACCCUGAACGGCAAUACAACGUUCUUAUCAGUGGGUCGCUGCUAUUGCCUUGGCAACACGCUCUCAGAUCAGCGCUGCAUCUUUCAACGGCACACUUCUGAGCAGUUCACCCAGGCCAACCAACAAGCAAGGCGGCAUCGGAGUUGGGCCCGAGCUUCCGCUCUAAAGAGGGAGUUCUGCAGGGAUGUCGUUCGCCGAGGCCCGCUUCCGCUCAGACUCGUGGCUGCUCCGGCUGUCCGGCUGCCUGCCCCCCUUGCACCGCGAGGACCGACUGCCGGAAGGACGCUCCCGUUUGUGGGACACCGCGCUCACGGCAACGUUGGUGGUGGCCGCGUCGCUGCUCGAGCUGGCCUCCUUGCUGGGCCGUUCCCUUCUCGGAACCCGACGCCUGAGCGUGUUCAACGGAGGCCUGUUCUUCACCAUCAGGCUCCUCAUGCUGGCCAAGGUGUCGUCGCAGCUGGCCACCUCGCUUGCCAAGUCUCGGGACACGUGGGCACUCGUGGCCCGGGCGGCGGACUACGAGCGCAGAUGCCGCAAGCCAGCACAGCGCGAGUCUGUGCGCUGCAAGACAGCCUACAGGCAAGAGACGCUAAGCGACUCGCUAUGA